AUGGACACCAUGACUAGUACCUCAGGUGUUAACACCCCUUACGUCUCUGACAACGAGACCGUCUCAAGCGCUACUACUGCGCCAACUCCUCGCGAUGAUUUCAGCGCUGUGAUCGGCAUGGCCUGCCGUGUUCCAGGUGCUUCUUCUCCUUCCAAACUCUGGGAGAACAUCAUGACCCAGCGCGAUGUUCAGAAGAAGAUGCCUUCUGACCGCUUCAAUGUCGAUGCUUACUACCACCCUGAUGGAACCAACAAGGGAACCACCAAUGCCAAAUAUGGUUAUUUCCUUGACCAGGACCUUGGUCUUUUUGAUGCUGGCUUCUUCCACAUCUCUGGCAAGGAAGCUGAGGCCAUGGACCCUCAGCAGCGCCUCUUGCUUGAGGUUGUCUACGAAGCGUUGGAAAAUGCCGGAAUUACUCUUGACGAAAUUCGGGGCACCCAAACUUCUCUUUAUUGUGGUUGUUUCACCAACGACUACAACUCUAUGAUCACCAAGGAUUUGGAGUACUAUCCCAAGUACACCGUGACCGGAACUGGUGAUGCAAUUCUUUCUAACCGUAUCUCUUACUUUUAUGAUUUGCACGGUCCUAGCGUUACUAUUGACACCGCUUGCUCCUCUUCUCUUGUUGCUCUGCACCUUGGAAACCAAUCUCUUCGCAGUGGUGAAUCCGAUUUGUCCAUUAUUGUCGGGUCUGCUCUUCAUUUUGACUCAAAUAUCUUCGUGACCAUGACUGAUCUUGGUAUGCUUUCCGUUGACGGCCGCUGCCGUCACGGAGACAAGGCUGGUAGCGGUUACGUUCGUGGUGAGGGUAUCACCGCGGUUGUUUUGAAGCGGCAAUCUCGUGCUGAGGUCGAAGGAAAUCGAAUCCGCUCUAUCAUCAGGGCAUCUGGUGCAAACCAUGACGGAAAGAAGCAGGGGAUCACUCUCCCAUCUGCUCAGGCCCAGGCGGCUUUGAUUGAAAGAACCUACAAAGAGGCUGGCCUCAGCCCUGCUGAUACUCAGUAUGUCGAAUGCCACGGUACUGGUACCGCAGCUGGAGACCCCAGAGAACUCCGUGCUCUCAGCUCUGUUUUCGCUUCUACCCGUGAUGAGCCCCUCUGGAUUGGUUCUGUCAAGACAAAUAUCGGUCAUCUUGAGGGUGCCUCUGGAUUGGCGGGUAUCAUGAAGGCAACAAUGGCUUUGGAAAAACAUCAAAUCCCGCCAAACAUGCACUUCAACACCCCCAACCCUGAGGUCGAUUUCAAGGGAUGGAAGCUGCGCAUCCCUACAGAACCUGUUGAGUGGACGGUCCGCGAAGGUGUCGCUAGACGUGUCUCUAUUAACAGCUUCGGAUAUGGAGGCACCAACGCCCAUAUUAUCCUAGAGGAAUACAACCGCCCAUCAUCCACUAAGCUGGCUCUCCCAGAGCCUUACGCUGAGAUGACCAAGGAUCGUCCUUAUCUUGCACCGAUUACUUCCCACUCCGACAAAGCUGGAAAGCUGAUGGCUGAUAAACUUGCGGCUUACUUGGAGGCAAACCCUGAUAUCAGCAUUGCAGACUUUGCCACUACCCUUAGCAUAGAGCGAAGCAUGCAUGAUUUCCGUUCUUUUGCUUAUGGAGCAACCAAUGAAGCUGUCGUCAGCAACCUCAAGGAACCCCUACCAGUCGCUGCUUGGGUCAGCAAGAUGACUUCUGCUCCCCGACUUGGCUUUGUAUUCACCGGACAAGGUGCCCAGUGGUGGGGAAUGGGCCGUCAGCUUAUUGAAAUGAGCCCACUCUUCCGCCAAUCCUUAGAGAAGUGUGACGAAGUUCUCCAAGCUCUUCCAGAUAAGCCCGAUUGGACCGUUGUCGGCGAGCUUCUUCGAUCUCAAGAAGAUUCUCGCUUGGGUGAGACUCGAUUCUCUCAGCCAAUUUGCACUGCUCUUCAGCUUGCUCUGAUUAACCUCCUUGCUUCCUGGGGAAUACGCCCAACCGCUGUUGUUGGACAUUCCAGUGGUGAACUGGCUGCUACUUAUGCUGCUGGCAUUUUGUCCUUUUCUAAUGCCAUGGUUGCCGCUUACUACCGUGGUCUCUACAUGGGCAACGCAGCUGCCAGCUCUGAUAGCGUCCCCGGUGCUAUGAUGGCCGUUGGUCUCACUGAAUCUGAAGUUACCAAUGAGCUCAAGCCAUACGCUGGCCGCAUUGCAGUUGCUGCUAUGAACAGUCCUACCAGUUUCACUGUGUCUGGAGACGAAGAUGCCGUUGUUGAACUUCAAGCUAAGCUCUCUGAGCGUAAAGUCUUCGCUCGUCGUCUCCAGGUCGGCCAAGCUUUCCACAGUCACCACAUGCUUCCGCUUGCCCCUGGAUAUGAGCGUGCUAUGAAGAAUCACCCUGGAUUUUCUCCUCAGCCUCCAACUGCUCGCAUGUUCUCUAGUGUCACUGCCCGGGUUGCUGACUAUCAGUCCAUGGGACCAGCUUAUUAUGCCGCCAACAUGACUGGUCAAGUCAAGUUUUCUGACGCUCUUACCGGGAUUGUGCUCAAUGAGGAUGAUGAGCAAAAUAUUGAUGUUUUGGUUGAAGUCGGCCCUCAUCCUGCUCUUAAGGGACCUUCCAACCAGACUCUUAACUCGCUUAACAUCAAACUUCCAUAUCUCGGAGUUCUUGACCGUAAGGUUGCUGCUUAUGAUAGCAUCCUUAGCGCUGCCGGUCAGCUAUUUGCUAUGGGAUACCCUGUUGAUAUCCCUGCUGUUAACCAGGACAAAUACAUCGAUGCCAACAACAAUCUUGUUACCGUUGACAGUGGUAACAAACUUCUUGAAUUCCCUAGUUAUGCCUGGGACCACCAGAGAUACUGGUCCGAAACCCGUGUCAUCAAGAGCCACCGUCUUCGCAAAUUCAGACAUCAAAUUCUCGGUGCUCAGAUGCCCGGAUGCCUCGAAGACCGCCCUAGAUGGCGAAACUACCUCCGUUUGGCUGAGAUGCCUUGGUUGGUGGAUCAUGCUGUUUCUGGAAAAGUUGUCUUCCCCGGAGCUGGAUACAUUACCAUGGCCAUUGAGGCUGCUAUCCGCCUUGGUAAUCCUGAAGACCCGAUCAAAGAGAUCCACCUUCGUGACAUUGCUAUCAAGUCCGCUCUCAUGGUCAGCAACAGUGACUUGGGCACCGAAGUUUUGCUGGAACUUCGCCCAGCUACAGAAUCAGCUAAGACUGUUUACUCAACCUGGAAAGAAUUCGCCAUUUUCUCCUUUGAUGGUGACUCUAUGAGGGAGCACUGUACUGGUCUGAUUCAAGUUGAGAUGGGUGAAGAACGUCCCGUCCAUCGCAUUAAGCAGCGAGCUCCUGCUUCAGAGCUUCGAGCCAGCAGCAACAGAACCUUGGCUCACACGAAAUAUUACCAACGACUUGCUACCAUCGGCCUUCACUAUGGACCGGCUUUCCAGUGCCUUAGCGGGAAUGUGGAGUGUGGUAAAGGUUUUGCAACUGGAGAAAUCACCUGGGAGCCUAAGAGGGUUUCCACUGGUGAUGACUCCAGCGCCAGUGUCCUUCAUCCUACCUUCUUGGAUUCCUCCCUCCACCCAAUCUUCGCAGCAGUGGAAGGCCUCAUGGGCCACAGUAUUACGGAGUCCUUUAUCCCUACUUUCAUGCGCUCUUUGAGAAUUUCUGGUCUUCUUAACCGUAAGGAGUACAAAUGCGAUGGAUUCAAGGCCAACGUUGCUGUCGACAGCUGGAUGCACGGACCGCGUGUUGCCAUUAGCAAUAUUGGUAUUGAGUCCAAGGAGGGCCAGCUUCUUGCGGAUAUUGAAGGUCUAGAACUCACCAGUCUUGGAAGCGAUGCUGAUGACCAACAGAAGAGAACUCUUUUCUUCGGCAUCCAGUGGAAGCCGGCUUUCGAGUUCCUGACUCCUGCUCAAGCCCAGAACCUCAGCGUCCCUGAGAUUGUUGACCUCUACGUCCACCAGAACCCUAAUUUGAACUUCCUUCACUACUCUGACUCCCAUACCUCUACCUUGGACAUCCUGAACCAUCUUGGUGGCUCUAAUGGAGAGAGACGCAAAUUCGGCAAAAUGACUGUGGUGCCAGUUGGUUCAGCGGAGGAGGCAAGCUUCUCUCCCCUUGUUGAACGCUGGAAUGGCCUUGUUUCGCUCGAGGCCCCUCUUGAUGAGAAGUUUGAUGUGAUAAUAAUCUCCUCUUUAGCUGAAGCUGCUUCCAUUGAGAAUCUCAACGAGAACGGCCUUGUUAUAUCCCAUCCUGCAAAGGCUCCUACUGCUGACAACCUUAGACAAUUAUGGUCCACUUCGGAGGUAACCGUCUUGAAGGAUGGUGUUGAAUCAGUGUUCACUCCUGAGACUCUUACCAUUCUUAUGCCAUCUAAUCCAUCUGCAGAGACUGAAGCUCUCGCCAAAAGAAUUGAAUCGACCACCUCAGCAAAGGUUACCAGAAAAGACUUCCUGUCUCUCAGAAAUGGCACACGAAUGGACGAUAAUGUUAUUUCUCUCUACGCCCUCGAUGUAAACAUCUUCUACGAUGAGCCAUCCAAAGCUUUGAACGAAUUCAAGGCAGUCCAGUCCCUCACAAGCGAUGCAAACCGCAACAUUGUUUGGCUUAGCCAGGGUACCUUCAUGGAUUGCCCCUGCCCAGAGCAAGCUAUGUUCCCAGGCCUUGCUCGCUCUGUUCGUCAUGAAACUGAAGACUUGAGAAUUGCAAUUCUUGAUAUCACUAAGUCUGCUAAGGUUGAUCUCUCUGCCGAUCUCAUCCUCCGCAUCCUCAACCCAACCCUCCAUGAAGAAGAAAUUGCGCUUCGAAAUGGCCAAAUCCAUGUCUCCCGAUUGCACGCAAAUGAUGAGUUGAACUCUAAGAUUGCCGGAGGCUACAAUCACCAGGCCACAAUGCAACCACUUCACCAGAAGAACAGGCCACUCAAGCUCGUUAUUGGACGACCUGGCCUCUUGGAAACCCUGUCAUUUGCGGAUGAUACUGAAAUUACCGAUGAACCUCUCAAAGAUGACGAGCUUGAAAUCGCUGUUAAGGCAUCAGCUAUCAACUUCCGUGAUAUUGCUCUCAGCAUGGGUAUUAUUGAAGAUUACAAACUUGGAGACGAAUGUGCUGGUGUUGUCAUUCGCAAGGGAUCCAAGGUUUCGGACGAAGACUUCCAGAUUGGUGACCGUGUCGUCGCACUCCGCCCUGGUGAGGGUGCUCACCGGACCAUUGCUCGGAACCCAGCCUGUUAUUGCGCCAAGAGUGGUUCUCUAACCUUUGCACAGGCUGCAGCCUUUCCUCUGGUUCUCUCCACUGCGUAUUUCUCUCUUAUUGAGGCCGCGAGGCUUAAGGAGGGCGAGACCGUGCUCAUCCACGCAGCUGCUGGAGGUGUUGGACAGAUGGCCAUUCAGGUAGCUCAAUUAGUUGGAGCCAAGAUUAUUGCCACCGUCGGUUCUCAAUCCAAGAGAGAUCUCCUUAAGAACACUUAUGGCCUUACUGACGACCAAAUCCUCAACUCCCGUGACGACUCAUUCGUUGAGGGCGUCCACCGCCUUACCAACGGAUGGGGCGUGGACGUUGUCCUUAACUCCCUCGCUGGAAAGCUUCUCCAUGCCACAUGGACCUGUCUGGCUCCAUUUGGUCGAUUCAUUGAAAUCGGCAAGCGAGAUAUCCACCAGAACAGCAAGAUCGAUAUGGACCCAUUCAGAAAGAAUGCUACUUUCGCCAGUGUCGACUUGGUUACUAUGUUCAACUUGAAGAACCGAUCAAUUGCUACGAAAUUGUUCAAGGAAUGCUGCGAACUCUUCCAGCAAGGAAAGAUUCGCUCCAUCCCUACCGUUGAGCUCGAAUAUGCCGAGUGCGAGAAAGCAUUCCGCAUGCUCCAGCUUGGUAAUGUCGCUGGUAAAGUCGUUCUCGUUCCUGGAGAUGAUAACCAAGUCCUUGUACAGCCAAACACCAAUGAUAGCAAGGCAACUCUCAAGUCUGACAAGACAUAUCUCCUUGUUGGUGGUCUGGGUGGUCUCGGCCAGAAACUUGCUGAAUGGCUUUACCGCCGAGGAGCCCGGAAACUGGCAUUCCUUUCUCGAUCUGGUGCGGACAAGCCUGAAGCCAAGGCUGUUGUCCAAUGGCUUGAAGACAGAAAUGUCAACGUUCAAGUGUUCAAAGCCGAUGUAGCCAACUUCGAUGGAGUCAACAACUGUGUCCUAGCCAUCAAGGAUAACCUUGCGGGUGUCUUCCAGGCUGCCAUGGUUCUUCAAGAUUCGCCCUUUGACAAGAUGUCUUUCGAUCAAUGGAGAAUUUGCACCACCCCUAAAGUUAUGGGAACAUAUAAUCUUCACAAGGCUACCCUUGAUAUUCCUCUCGAUUUCUUCGUUUGUUUCUCCUCCCUUUCUGGAGCUGUUGGAACUAAGGGACAAGGAAACUAUGCUGCCGCAAACUCUUACAUUGAUUCCAUUUGCCGAUACCGACGAGAGAACGGCCUGCCUGCCACUACCAUGGAUAUUGGUAUGGUCGUUGGUAUCGGUGCUGUGUCUGAGGAUGCCCAGCUUCAAGCUGUUAUGGAGAGAGUUGGCUAUGACCCGGUCAAUGAAGAAGAGUUGUUCCAUCAGAUCGAAACAUCCGUUUCUUGGGACCAGUACAAGACUCUUGACAGCAAUGGCUUCGAUGCCCACCAAACAAUCACCGGUCUUAACAUGAGACGUCCUGACUACUACUGGACUUCCGGCCCACGCAUGAAGAACAUCUACCAGAACCAUGACUUCACUUCUUCUGGUAAUCUCGGCAAAGCCCAGAAGAGUGUUAUGGCCCUUCUUCGCGCCGCAGACACCGCUGAUGAUAGGCUCAAUAUUCUAAUCGAGGCCUUCAUCGAGAAGAUCGCCCUCAUCCUGUCUAUCGAUAUUGAAAACGUCCAACCUAGUCGCAGUCUUGCUGAUUACGGUCUUGACAGUAUUGUCGCUAUUGAAAUUCGUAAAUGGUUCUUCAAGACUGUUGGCGUUGAACUCGCCCUAUUCGACGUCCUUGGAAGCUCAAGCAUUCGCGGCUUGGUUGAAAAGGUGUCCGAAGCAGUUGUGUUGGAAGAGGCCGAGACCGAGGAUACCUCCAAGCAGCAAACCUCCUCGCGCACUGCUAGAUCAUCCAGCACCAAGAAUGCUGGAGAUCAUCCACUUGGUGAAAAAUCCUUCAAAGUUUCUCCUGGAGAUGAGGUUCCUAUGUCAACUUUCCAGAGAAGAUUGUGGUUCAUUCAUAACCUGAUUGAAGACAAGUCCUUCUUAAACUUGCCUCUAUGCGCCACUAUCAAGGGCAAGCCUGACAUUCAAGUCUUCCAGAUGGCUCUUGAGGAGCUCAAGCGACGAAAUGACGUUCUUCGCACUGCUUACUUUGAAGGAGAGUCCUUCGCCCAGCAGAUGGUUACCGAUGACUGCUCUGUGGAGCUCAACUUCCUCGAUUUCACUGAUGCCCACGAUGUUGAAGCCGAUAUUGAGGAUUUCAUUGAAGAACAAACCCAUGAACCCCUUGACAUUGAAAACGGCGAGAACAUUCGCUUUACUCUCAUCCAAACUGGAGAAGAGGAGUUCACAGUGGUCACUAUCGCCCACCACAUCUCCUUCGAUCGUGGUAGCAGUGAGUCUCUUCUAGACCAAGUUUGCAACCUAUAUAACUGCCUACGCAACGGUGACGACUUGGAUGGCGUUAAACAACCCGCAGCUUCAUACUCUGAAUUCACCAUGUGGCACAACGAACGCCUUCAGUCUGAAGAGCAACAAAAGGAUGUCGACUUCUGGAAGGCCAAGUACCAUGAUCUUCCCGGCCCUACUAAGCUGCUUCCAUUUGCAAAAGCAGAGCGACCAGAGUCUAACGACUAUAAGAGGAGCAUACACCAAGGCCUGCUAAAGAAGGGAGCCCACCAGAGAAUGAAGAGAGUCUGCGCCCGGCUUGGAAUAACACCUGCCCAGUUCCUCAUGGCCGCAUUCAGAGCUUUCAUCUACCGCUAUACUGAGCAGGAUGACUUGACUAUCCACAUGAUUGAUGGAAACAGACCUCACCCAUCCGUUAGCGACACCGUUGGAUUCUUUGUCAAUGUCAUCCCCGUCAGAUGCGCCACCAACAACGAUACUGACUUUGAGAGCUUCCUCCGCGAAAUGAGUGGUUUGAUUCUCGAAUCUCUAUCUCAUUCAAAUGUUCCAUUCGACCUUAUUGUCGAUGCAGUUGGUGUUCCAAGGAACCCUGCAUACUUCCCACUCGGCCAGGUUGUUGUGAACUACCAGAUGCAUGGAAAGAUCCCAACCUACUCUACUGAUGAUUUCAAUAUGAUUGAUAUCCGAGGAAAGGAUGUUCCCACUGCCAGCGAAAUGCAGCUCGAGGCCACCGAGGACCCCGAUGAGGGGCUUAAGCUUUCCCUCGAGUUCUCCAGCACCUUGUACGGCAACUCUGAAAUGGAGCGUUUCUUGGACAACUUCAUCGCCUUCAUGAACAGCGCCAUUCGCGACCAUCGCCAACCAAUCUCCGAAAUUUCAAUGGUCGGCCCAAAGGAGCUUUCUCACUUGAAGAACAAUUUCUUCGCCAUGGAUUUCACUGAGAACACCUGGGAGAACCAGUCUGUCGCUUCCCGUAUCAUGGACAUCGCGCGCCAAUACCCCAACGAUGUGGCCAUUGAGACCUCUAACGGAAGCAGUAUCAGCUACAAGACCCUCGUUGAGAAAGCGGAGAGAGUUGCGGCUGCAAUUGAAUCUAAGGGAAUUGAUUCCGGAUCUAAAAUUGGAAUUUUCUCGACUCCUGGAGUGAACGCUAUUUCCGCAAUGGUCGGUACUCUCUUUGCUCGCUGUGGUUAUGUUGCCCUCGACCCCAGCUUCGCUACUGAGCGUCUCUCUUUCAUGGCCAAUGACUCCGGAAUGAAGCUUCUUUUGACUGAAAAGGAGCUCGAGGCUAGAGCUAGAGAGAUUUCCAACAAGUCCAACUCCCCGUUGGACUCCGUUGUGAUGGAGAACAUCUCAGAAUCAUCACAGCCUAUUCAAGGGCCGCUCAAGACUGCGAACAAUGACCCAUUCUACAUGAUCUACACCUCGAUGCUCAGCACCUUGCAUCACGACUAUAAAUUUACCACCAAAGACCGUUUCCUUCAUCAUUCUUCUAUUUGUUUUGAUUUAUCUAUUGUUCAAAUUUUUUCUGCACUUACCUGCGGCGCCCGCGUCUGCGUUGCUACCGCUGCUACUCGAAAGGACCCUGUUGCUCUCGCCAAGUACAUGGAAUCCUCUCAGGUUACUGUUACCUAUUUCACUCCUACUCAAUUUGCCCUUCUCAUUGAAAACGCAAAGCCAUGUCUCCAGAACAUCCGCAAAUAUCGAAUUGCUUACUUCGCUGGUGAACGACUGCCAGUCCGCGUGGCCAGGGCCUUCUACGAUCUCGGAACCCCAGCUGUGGUCCUGAACACCUGGAGCCCCAGUGAGCUUGUGGUCCAAACAACCAUCCAACAGGUUGAAUACCCUAGCGAAGAUGAAGUCAGCAUCCCAAUCGGAUUACCUAUGGCAAACACACGACACUACAUUCUUGACAAGAACUGCCAACCCCUCCCUGAGGGGUUCAUCGGUGAGAUAGUUGUUGGAGGAGCUCAAGUUGGCCUUGGAUACCUUAACCGACCAGAAGCAAACCGAAGCUCGUUCGUAGCCGAUCCUUUCUGCUCCGAAGAAGACCGUCAAGCCGGUUGGACAAGAAUGUUCCGAAGUGGUGACAAAGGCCGGUUCCGCCCAGAUGGAAGCCUGGAGUUCCACGGUCGCAUUGCCGGUGACAAGCAAAUCAAACUUCGAGGUUUCCGUAUAGAUCUUGGUGAAGUUGAACAGAGACUAUUUGUGGAAUCCAAGGACGAAUCCGGAGAGCCACAGAUUGUCGAUCUUUCCGUCGUUGCCCGUUCGCCCACCACUGCUGAUUCUCAGGAUAUCACUGAUAACCGCCAACUAAUUGCAUUCGUUGUCACCAAGAAGCCAUUCGCCGACCAGAAGAGCAAGCAAGCAUUUGCGUUUGACCUGAACAACAAGGCAGGCCGCCAUCUUAAUAACUAUAUGCUUCCAAACGGUUACCAAUUCCUCGAUGCUCUCCCAGUCACCAUUGGUGGGAAAGUUGAUCGCCAACGUCUACUCAACUGCGACCUUUCCUUGACCUUCCCUACCGCCGCAACCGAGACGGUUGAAUCUCAAGCGCCAGCACCAAAUGAUAGGCCUGAUGAUAAACUUGUCAAUACCGUCUUGCAAGGCUUCCAGGAAAUCCUGAAGCUGCCCGAGGAUCAAGAAAUUGGAGUCAAUGAUAGCUUCUUUGAGCUCGGUGGCCAGAGUAUCCUUAUGCUCCGGCUGCAGGCCAGGCUCAAGCGUGUCCUCAAAGUCACUCCAACACUUGCAAUGAUGUUUGAAAAGCCGACCCCUAUGGGCAUUGCUCAUGCCAUCUGGAGCAAAUCCAAGGAUGCUACUGACGGCGAAAUCGACUGGGACAAAGAAACGGAAUUGAUUGACGCUCCUCAGUAUACCCUAGACCAAAGCCUACCCGACAUUUCCCCCUCUCAGAUUACUGAUGUUCUCCUUACCGGUGUUGAGUCCUUCCACGGAAUCCACAUGCUUGCUACUCUACUCCGUGAAAGCCCCCAGUUGACAAUCCAUGUUCUUGGCCUUGAGGAGCCGAUGACCUCCGAGGAUGUCUUCAAGGUGCUGGACCAGUGGGAUUUACUGCAGUUCUUCCCUGACCGCGACGCUGUCACUUCCCGUAUCCAAUGCGUCCCUGGUGCGAUGGCUCACCCACACCUGGGCUUAUCAACUCCCGACUUCAAGAAACUCGGGCAGACCAUCCAGGCCAUCUACAACUUCGCCUCUCACGUCUCUCUCCUUCAAUCCUAUGACGACCUUCGAAGCUUCAAUGUUGAACCCAUCCGCGAUAUCAUCGAACUCGCGACAUUUGGCAGGGUUAAGGUUCACAUCCACCACCUCUCUACCUGGUCUGUUAUGCACAUUCAAUCAUGGCAGACCACCAUCCGCAAGCGAAGAGGCCGCCCGGUUACCCAAGAGACCAGUGCCAGCCAUUUCACCCCCGAAGGCACUAGUCGCUUCGGCUACUUCAAAUCACGAUGGGCAUCCGAGAUGUUGAUUGAAAAGGCUGCGUCUCGAGGCAUUCCCUGCACCAUUUACCGUGCCUCUGCCAUAACUGCAAGCACGGAGACGGGAGGAAUCGAGCCGGACGACAGCUUUGCGCGCCGCAUGGUUCUCGGCAUCGUGGAGUCCAACGGCAUCCCCAAGAUCGGCCAGCGCGGCCUCGAGUUUGUGAUCGACUUUAUCCCGAUCGACUACAUGACCAAGUGUGUGCGUGCUCUGUCACUGUCUGACGGACUAAGCCGUCAAGAGAACGUUGCUACAAUCCACCACAUCACCAACCCAAGCCCAGUCAAGACCCCUCAACUAGUCGACAUGAUGGCUGAGAUCAAGUCUGACCCCAGCGUGAAGGCAGAGAUCCUAAGCAAGGACGACUGGCUUGACGGAAUGCAGCGUAUCGACACCGAGCCAGGCGCGGAGAUCCGAUGGACUGUGCUCAAGAGCUACUUCGAGGUCGGCCACAACAUGUUUGCGCUGGACCAGAGGAAGACCAAGGCGAUACUCAAGGAUCUGGGAGUCGAGCCCUGCUUCAGCAUCGGAGUUGAUGUCCUGAAGGCUGUUUAUGAGAAGGAGAAGAUGGCUCGCACGCCUAAGGCGUAG